GUUCCGUUUCCUUGGCGUGAGCCGUAGCGAAACCGUCAUCCAUCGACGACUUCCGUCGCGCCCGAGGCACAGCGAGGCGCCCGAAACAAUUAAUUGUCUCCAUGGCGGCAACGACGACGGCGACGUCGAGGCGGGCGCCGGCCGUCCUCGUCCUCGUCCUCCUCCUCCUCCCCGCGGCGGCGUCCGCCAGGGGCGACGGCAACGGCGUGUACGAGCCGUGCGCGGACGCGACGGUGAGCCGCGGCGACGGGUUCACCUUCGGGGUGGCCUUCGCGGGGCGCGACGCCUUCUUCUCCGGCGGCGUGCAGCUCUCCCCCUGCGACAGCCGCCUCAACCUGGCGAACGCCGGCCCGCUGCUCGCGCUCUUCCGCCCCACCGUCGACGAGAUUUCGCUCCUCACCGUCAACGCCUCCGACCCCAAAGCCCUGACAUCUGCUGGUGGGUACAUGGUGGCCUUUGCCGGGAGGAAGUUCGCGGCAAGGUCGCCGCCCGUGUUCGUCGGCAACAGCUCGUACACAGUCACCGGCUUCACCCUGGUGUUCGAGUUCCACAAGGGCACGCUGCAGAACCUCUUCUGGAAGGCGGACGGCUGCUCGUCGUGCUCCGGGAACCCUAACUUCGGGUGCGUCGAGAACAGCUGCGCGAUCAAGACGUCGAGCUGCAGGGGCAACGGCGGCGGGCAGGUGGACUGCAGCCCCGGGAUCCAGCUCGCCUUCUCCGGCACCGACAAGCACGAGGCGGUGCUCAACUCGUGGUACGAGGUGUCCAAGCUGAAGCAGUACUCCCUCUUCGGCCUCUUCUCCAACCUCAAGGACUCGCUGGCGGGCCAGUUCAGCAACUUCUUCUAGCGCGUCGUGUGUGCUCGGUUAGUCCCCCUCGUCUCGAGCAGCUUCCGGAGGCAGUCACACACGUCGUACCAUAGCGUCGUCACCCCCGUGUGCUGUUUGUUCAAGGUAUCGUGGUAUCGUCGUGUCACUUGUGUAACCAAAAUGCUUUGUAUAUCGAUUAUCCAGCUGCUAUGUACACUCGUUAAUUGUUAGGUGUAGUCGUAUAGAGACGAUGUAAGCUACGCUACGUACGAAACUAGUGUAUUUUUUGUAAUGUGUGUAUAAAAAUGGGAUUUGUGUA